UUGGAGCCUUUGGGGUUUAGGCAGAAGCCCUGGUCAUUCUUUCUCCCCCGACACACCGUUCAAUUCUUCCGCCGUUCACAAUAGCCGCACCACCACCACCACCACCCGCCACCCGCAGAUUAUCAAAAUGAAGACUAAAAACAUCAAAAUUUCAAUGAAACACUAUCCUUAACACUGUGAUGGGUUUUCCCGUUCCACACAACACAUGAAGAGAAGAACAUCCAUCAUCACCUAUCUCCACCGUUUCCACCAACAUCAUUUUCUCUCUCCCACCGCCGGCGCCAACUUCUCAACCACUCCCCGCCCUUUUCCCGACUACUCCCCACGAAACCCUUCCGUCACAGACACCGACCUCAUCCGCCACGUCACCACAACCAUCAAACGCCGCCGUUUAGAACCCUUCCUCCGCGUUCUCAAACCUUACGAAUCACGCUUUAAACCUAGUCAUCUCAUUUGGGUUCUCAUCAACAUCAAAGACGAUUACCAACUCGUCUUAAACCUCUUCAACUGGGUAAAGUCCCGUUCACAGCAACAACUUCACCCCACUCUGGAAUCACUCUGCAUUGUCGUUCACAUCGCCAUUGCUUCUAACGACAUCCAAACUGCUAAAAGACUUGUUUUUGAGUUCUGGGCUACGCCACGGUUGGAUGCUUCGAAGUCUUUUGAUCUUUUUACUGAGAGGUUGAUUUAUACUUAUAAAGAUUGGGGCUCACACCCUCUUGUUUUUGAUGUGUUCUUUCAAGUGCUGGUUGAAACUGGGUUUGUUUUAGAAGCUGAGAAGCUUUUUCAUAAGUUGUUAGGAUACGGUGUUGUUGUGUCUGUAGAUUCUUGUAAUUUGUUUCUGUCUAGGUUGUCUGGAAAUUUCGAGGGGAUUAAGAUUGCAGUUAAGGUGUUUGAAGAAUUUCCUGAAUUGGGUGUUUGUUGGAAUACUGUUUCGUAUAACAUUGUUCUUCAUUGUCUCUGUCAAUUGGGUAAGGUGAAGGAAGCACACAACCUGCUUGUACAAAUGGAGCAUAGAGGGAGUUUUCCUGAUGUUGUAAGUUAUGGUGUUGUUGUUAGUGGAUAUUGUAAAAUUGGAGAGAUGGAUAAGGUUUUGAAGCUUGUGGAUGAGUUGAAGAGAAAAGGGUUGAAACCUAAUGAAUACAUUUACAAUAACAUAAUUUUACUACUUUGUAAGAACGGUGAAGUUGUUGAAGCAGAGAGAGUUAUGAGAGAGAUGGGAAAAUUUGGUGUUUUUCCUGAUAAUGUAGUGUAUACGACUCUCAUAAGUGGUUUCUGCAAGUCUGACAAUUUUUCGGUUGCGUGCAAACUGUUUAAUGAAAUGAGGCGUAAGAAAAUAGUUCCUGAUUUAGUUACAUAUACUACUGUGAUUCAUGGGAUUUGUAAGACUGGAAAGAUGGUUGAGGCUCGCGAAAUGUUUAAUGAAAUGUUUGUGAAAGGGUUGGAACCGGAUGAAGUUACUUAUACGGCACUUAUUGAUGGGUAUUGCAAGGCUGGUGAAAUGAAAGAGGCUUUCUCCAUUCACAAUCAGAUGGUUCAGAAGGGUCUGACCCCUAAUGUCGUCACUUAUACUGCAUUGGUUGACGGCCUUUGUAAGAAUGGAGAGAUAGAUGUAGCGAAUGAGCUUCUUCAUGAAAUGUCUAGAAAGGGACUUCAACCGAAUGUCUGCACGUAUAACACGAUCGUAAAUGGUCUUUGUAAGAUAGGAAAUAUAGCACAAGCAGUAAAACUUAUGGAAGAAAUGGAUCUGGCAGGGUUUUAUCCCGACACAAUUACAUACACUACACUAAUGGAUGCAUAUUGUAAGAUGGGGGAAAUGGCCAAGGCACACGAGUUGCUGCGAGUUAUGCUCGAUAAAGGACUUCAUCCUACAAUUGUUACAUUCAAUGUGUUAAUGAAUGGGUUUUGCAUCUCAGGGAUGUUGGAAGAAGGUGAAAGGUUAAUCAAAUGGAUGUUAGAAAAGGGUAUAAUGCCAAAUGCCACAACGUUCAAUUCUCUUAUGAAGCAAUACUGUAUUAGAAAUAACAUGCGUGCAACUACUGAGAUUUACAAGAGUAUGCACGCACGAGGAGUGAUGCCAGACAGUAACACCUAUAAUAUUUUGAUUAAAGGGCAUUGUAAGGCUAGAAACAUGAAAGAGGCAGGGUUCCUGCAUAAAGAAAUGGUUGAAAAAGGAUUUAGUGUUACCACUGCUUCCUAUAAUGCUCUUAUAAGAGGUUUCUAUAAGAGGAAGAGAUUUGUGGAAGCUAGGAAGAUAUUUGACGAGAUGAGAACACAUGGUUUGGUUGCUGAGAAAGAUUUAUAUGAUAUUUUUGUCGAUGUGAACUACGAAGAAGGGAAUUGGGAAAUCACUCUUGAGCUUUGUGAUGAAGCAAUCGAGAAAUGUCUUGUUAAGGAAACUUAGUUGACUUUUGUCUGCAGUUUAUGACAGAAUUAUCAGGGACAGUAUUAUCUUUCUUGGUGGAUCACUUGAAAGUUAAUUCGACAUCAUAACCUAUCAAGUACAGACACCGGACACGGCCCUGAAAUUGACAUGCCAAUAUUGAUAAUAAUUUGAGCAGAUGAAAUACGUCUUGGUGUCAUUUUGUCGUCAGACACUGAGACAUGGCAAACACACCUUCAAUUUGAAAUGUCAGUGCUACGUUGACCGGACCCGACCACCAAUUUUUGUCAUCAUAGUGUGACACUUGACUUUCAGGUUUCUGCUAAACACUGAAGUAGAUUUUUCACAAACACACAAAGUUAGGAGUAGUAACAUCAUCAAAUUCAAAAGGACAGUUCAAGGUAGACCAGAGGAUUUUGUCAAAGAUCAAAUUUGCUCCUUGGGGAGGUUCUAAUAAUUUGGGGUUCAGUUGAGAGAUAUGAAAAGUGUUAUUGGAAUUCAUCCAGGUGUUACAUGUCUGUUUCUUGGUCUUGUCUGCUGGUAUAACGUCACUGUCACUACAAAAAGGAUAAGGAUAUUUUGAUAUAAACAAUGUUAUUGGAAUCCAUCCAGAUGCUGUUUCUGUUUCUUUGUCUUGUCUGCUGGUAUGACGUUACUGCAAAAAAAAGAGAGGAUAUUUUGAUAUAAACAAUGUAUUAUGAAUUUCCACAAUUAUUCAUCA